UCAGAAUUGAGAAGGACGAAGAGAGACCCAACAACACAACACACAGCACAGCACAACACAUCUAUGGCCACGCCGGAAUCCGACGCUAACUCGCAGCCUCAGCCUCAACCUCAAGAUGCUGACUCCGUUUCCAAUCCUCCCAACUCUCUCGUCCCUGCCGCCCCCGCCGUUUGCCUACUCCGCUUCGCCACUGACUCCGCUGGCGGCGCUUUCAUGGGCUCUGUUUUUGGAUACGGUGCUGGAUUGUUUAAGAAGAAAGGUUUUAAAGGAUCCUUUGUAGAAGCUGGGUCAUAUGCCAAGACAUUUGCAGUUUUGUCUGGAGUUCAUAGCUUGGUUGUUUGCAUCUUGAAACGACUUCGAGGAAAGGAUGAUGUCAUUAAUGCGGGGGUAGCUGGAUGUUGCACUGGUCUUGCUCUAAGUUUUCCAGGUGCACCACAAGCACUUCUUCAGAGCUGCCUCACAUUUGGGGCAUUUUCUUUUAUCAUGGAAGGGCUAAACAAGCAGCAGCCAGCACUUGCACUUCCCAUGGCCUGGAAAGCAACUGUACAACACAAUGCACGUCCACCCUUGGCACUCCCCCUUCAACUCCCUCUUCCAGAUGAACUAAAAGGAGCCUUUUCCUCUUUUUCUGAGUCUUUGAAAAAGCGCACGAAGGGGACUUAUCCUACAUCUCAAUAAGAAAUUGGAGUAGCAUGAUUUGCUAGCAUCAUGUAGAUAAGAAUGCACCCUUCUUUGCAUUUGUUUAGGUUUCUUGUAGCUUUUGCCGACAUUUCUUUUGGAAGAACUUGAGGGUGACAACAAAUUGUCCGAGGACAUGGGCUGUUUACAAGUUACUGAGUUCCAAUAUGGCAUCUUAAUUCUAUCAUGUUCUUUCUUGGUGGUUUGUUGAACUUGGACGGCCUAUCAUGAGUGCUUUAGCUUGACUCAUGUACUUACCAUCAACGCUGUUAGUAUGAAGUGGCAGCGAUUUUAGUUUGAGAGCUAAACUCUGCAUAAUUAACCAAACAUUAAUUAUUUUGUUAGUAUAUAGUAAUCAGAUCCCAAUCCCGAUUCCUGCAUUGCUGAAAGUUUCUGAAACCCCCGUGACAUUUACGGACUUGCCAUUAGCGAUUCAUUUAAUUAGAACAUUAUCUUU